AUGGAUAGCGACGGCGUAUCACAUGCGCCCAGCGUCGCGCAAUCAGCUCCGUCAUGGAAUCCUGCGCUGCGCCACGAGAAAGACCACGCUCCUGCAGCCACCGCGAAACUGCCUUCGCAAGUGAAGCCGGAAUCUUCCUCGGAAGAAGAAUCAGAGGAGGAAGAGGAAGAGGAGGAUGAUGAUGAGGAUGACGAGGAAGAAGAGGACAGCGAUGAGGACGACGAUGAAGAGGAAAACGCGCCUGCCGCCACCGCGGUGUCUGGCCCCACACCCAUCGCUGUACUCGAUGGCGCGCAAGACUCCGAGGACGAAUCCGAAUCUCCCAGCGAGCUCACAAAAUCAACACCAAUUGUACAGGCGUCCCAGGGCUCAAUGGAAAAACGCGUUGAAGUAAUUGGCGCCGAGGAGGAGGCCUUAGUGAAUGCAGCGCAGGCGCUCAACAUAUCGGGAAAUCCCGCGACAGGCCAGACGAAAGCCGAAUCUACCGAUGAGGCCGAGUCUGACGAAGACAGCGAAGAGGAAGAAAGCUCCGACGAGGAGGCGGCUGCAGCCGGCGAACACCAAGCGGACAAUUACGAGCACCAAGGCGAAGCUACGGCGUUAGAAGAGGCUGUCAAUGAGAGUGUCAGGGUCCCGUUGGUGGAUGAUGCAGCCCCGGAAUCAGAUGACUGGGGAGACUCAGGUGAUCCCUUCGAGAUUGGAGGACUGCAGCAAGAUCCGUCGUUGCAGACACCACACGCCGAAGCUGCCGGAACAACCGUUGGCGACGACGUGAUUGGGAACACCACAGUUGGCGGAAAUGCCGGCGACGAUCUGGACUGGGGCAACACGGAGGAAGAGGACUUCUUUGGCGUUGUCGCCAACAAACCAGUCGAGUCUGUUGAGCCUGCUCAGCCGACACAAUCACCCGGAGCACAUGUUGUACAAGCACAGGAUGCGGCUCCUGCGAAGAGCGAGUGGGAUCUGGAUCUUGAUUUGGACGAAGACUUCUUGCCCGACAACGAGGACGGCCCAGUGAUCGAAUUGAGCGACGACGAGGGCUUCCUAGACGAUGAGCCCACUGCGCCUGUCGAACAGCCAGCGUCUACUGGUAUUGGCGGCGCGAGUCGAUAUGCGCCUCAAGCAGCACAAACCUCUCACUCAGUCGCGAGUCCUUAUGCUGCUCCGGGUCAGUUUGCAAACCCACCGCAAGGCUCCAUGACACGUUCCAUCACGACGCCCGCCGGCGGUGUCUACAACGGUUAUGGUCAGAACGUGGCGUAUCAGCAACAGCAAGCAGCGCGGCCGACGAUGCCAACUUCAGCACAAAGCUACGCAGACAAAUCCAAGGGAGGUUAUGCCUCGCCGUACGAUUUGCCAGACGACGUCGUGACCACUCGGAAACGAACGACACCAAGACCAGUGAUAUCAGCUACACAACCUGCAAUUCCUCCUCCACGAACUAGCAGCAUGUCCUCAAGCUCUGCACCUCCACGUCCUCUGCCACCCUCGAACGCGUCCGUUGCCAGCUUGUCACCGCCGCCAUCCGGCCACUCCAUGCAGGGUCAGAUGACGGGAUUCCCUCCCGCUGUUCCUCCUAAAUCUGCACCGCCUGCAAAGGCGCCCUCGAGCGAUUUCUUCGCCGAGCUACCCGUCACGUCGAAGCCUAAGCCGCCAGGUCGUUAUACACCACAGCCAGCUGCGGCCGCACAAAGCCCUUCCCUGCAAGGACCUCCGCAGUUUACUCAAAAAGAACGGACAGCGUCUUGGUCGUCUUUGCGGAACGAAGUGCUUCCUGAUACUGUCGGCGCCCAGCCUCACCUCAGACAGCCAGAACAGCUACCCAUGUUCCCAAGUCAGCCCUCGGUACCCACUCGACAGAACAGCCUUCCAAUACCACAAUCUACUGCGCCUCCGCCAUCUUCGAGAUAUUCACCGGCUCCGCCUUCAGUACCGGCUAACAAUGCACGAUACUCGCCCGCUCCUCCCACGGCGCAAGGUGGCGCAAACUCCAGAUACUCACCCGCACCUCCUGGUAGUCAAGGAGCAGCACAUGCGCGGUAUGUAUCAGAGCCGCCAACGGGACCGGCCAGGACUCCUUCCCAAACAUAUGCUCCUCGCACCUCAAGCCCGUUGGCUUUUCACAGCACGCCUCAUCAUCAAGAAAAUACCACGAAUGUAUCAGAGCAACAGCUUCCUGGUCACCAUGUAACCCAGUCGGCUGAUGGUGUGCCUCGUGCACCAUUCAGAAGUCCGCUGGAAGGUGUGAGCGAAGCUCUCGAAUUAGACUCGACAUCGAGUGACAGACCUCCCACCACCGCAAGGUCGGACACGCCACCGCCGACACGAAGCUCCACAUCGUCAGCUAUUGGCUCUCCCCGGAAGAAAGGAAACUAUACGCCGCAAUAUCAGCCAAUGAACCCAAUGGCACCAUCCCGGUCUCUCUCGCAGUCUCCCGCAACUGGUAUGAAGCAGCCAGGGCCCAUGUAUGGAGCAGCACCGAUAGCUGCGUCAUACGGUACGCAUAUACAAGAAGCCACCACGACCAAUAGCAUACCGCAUCGACGGCAAGCAUCUCUAAACUACGAAUGUAUCGUUCCCGAAGACGAACGCGCAGUCGAUCCGUUGCAACGCUACAAAGGGCAUCCGGUUUUCGCGUGGGGUCUUGGGGGAACUAUCGUGACGACUUUCCCGAAACAGAUUCCAAGAUACGGCGGUGGCAUGACAGCACCUAUGGUGAAAUGCAGCCCUGGCGAGAUCAAGAUUCAAAGUGUUAAAGAGAUCAUUCCUCUUGCUGAGGAUCUCGCGAAAUUCCCGGGCCCACUCAAAGCCAAGAGCAAGAAGAAGGAUGUUUUGUCCUGGUUAACAAAGAGGCUUGAAUCUUUGGAGUUGCAGAUCAAAGAUCCUAACACUGAGCACACCCUUAGUGUGGACGAGCUGAAGCGACUCGAGGAGAAGACACUACUCCUAAAGCUUCUGCAAUUCUUGGUAGAAAACGACGGCCGCCUCGAAGGAGAGGCUGCAAAUGCAGCCUUCAAAAACCUGUUUUCUCCGGAAGCCGACAAUGCUUCUGAUGCGGAAGGCUCUUUCUCUACUGCGGCGGACAUUGUCGGUCGUUCGAGGUCAAAUACGGUGAACACUCCAGCUGAACCUAUCGACGCACGCGCAAUCGAAGACCUUCAGAAAAUGCUUGCUCGUGGCGAGCGGGAAAAGGCAGUGUGGCACGCAGUCGAUCAAAGACUGUGGGGUCACGCUAUGCUCUUAUCCUCUACGCUAAGCAAGGACAUCUGGAAACAGGUAGUGCAAGAGUUUGUCCGCAAUGAGGUCAAAAAGGUUGGGCGCAGCAAUCAGGCACUGGCAGUUCUGUAUGAGGUCUUCGCGGGCAACCAUGAAGACUGUAUUGAUGAACUUGUACCGGCAUCGGCUCGUGCCGGCUUUCAAAUGGUCAGUACUGACGGCGCAGGAGCAGCCCUGAACGCUCAACAAGGGCUCGACAAAUGGCGCGAGACAAUUGCGUUGAUUCUCAACAAUCGCAGUGAAGGUGACGUCUCAGCAUUGCUGUCACUUGGGAAACUGCUGUCACAGUAUGGUCGUGUUGAGGCUGCGCAUAUCUGCUUCAUCCUUGGACGUUCGGUGGCACAUGUCAGUGGCGUGGAUGACGCUCUGGCUGAUCUGGUUCUUAUCGGCAUUGACCACAAACAGCAUCCUACAGAGCUUGGUGUCGAUUUGGAGCCCAUUUUGUUGACAGAAGUUUACGAAUUUGCUCUGUCGCUUUCUGCACAGGUCAAUUCGCACAUUAUGCCUCAUCUUCAAAACUACAAGCUUGCGCAUGCAUACCAACUAGCUGAGCAUGGAUACCGCACUGAGGCACAAGCAUAUUGCGAUGCUAUUGCUGCAGCCAUGAAAGCUACCACGCGAACCUCUCCAUACUACAACCUCAGCUUCAUCGCAAGCCUAGACGAUCUGAGCAAGCGCUUGUCACAAUCGCCUAAGGAUAGUUCGUCGUCUUGGAUUUCAAAGCCUAGUAUGGACAGAGUCAGCACCUCACUUAUGUCCAAGUUCAACAGCUUCAUUGCAGGUGAAGAUGAUGGCCCUUCCUCGAACGCUGCAACUGGUACUGAGGUCGGGCCAUUUGCCAAGAUUACUGGCGAUAGCCCAGGUCUCACACCAUCACACUCGAAUGCGGAUCUUUAUGCCGACUGCUUCUGCAAAUUCAAGAUAUGCUCCUUCAAAUACAUACGCACCAAGGACGUCAUCCGAGCAACAGAGAUCGCGCUUCGAGCCGCAGGGCAGACCUUCUAUGGAGUCGAACGACAGCCACCCCCACAGCCUCAGCUCAGUCCACCCAGUCAACGCACACAGGCUAAGAUGCAAUCCUACUCACCUCUUCGAGCUGAACACAAUGUGUCUCAACCAUCUUAUGGCAACCCGUACAUGCCGACUCCACCGAAUGAGGAGACUGCGUCAGCUUCUUCAUUUGGGGGCUACCAACCGCAACAAGGCACUGGCCACUCUUUUGACGACCCGGCACCGCCAACGAGCUCUUUUGAUGAACCGUCGUACCAGCCCUACAAUCCUGAUGCGGAUGACAUGGAGGAAGACAACAAGCCAAAGAAGAAAUCCAUCAUGGACGACGAUGAUGACGACCUCGUCGCUCGCGCUGCCGCUCUCAAGAUCGGCUCAGGCUCAAAUUCCAAGUCCGACGCGGAUAAGAAAGCAGACGAAGCCUUUCGCAAAGCCGCCGAAGCAGACGCCAAGCGCGACAAGGAGAACGCAGCCAAAAAGGCCGGCGGAGGCUGGCUCAGCGGCUGGUUUAAGAAAGAUCCCAACGCGGCGCCCGGCCCCAUCAAAGCCAAACUCGGUGAGGAGAGCAGUUUCUACUACGACCCUGACCUGGGCAAGUGGGUGAACAAGAAGGGCGGUUCGAGCGAGCCAGAGCGUGCAACAGCUACACCUCCACCACCCAAGGGCCCACCCAUGGGCGCCCGAAGUGCAAGCGGUGGCAUGCCGCCGCCAUCUGGCCCCCCACCCUCUGGCGCUGGCCUCAUGAAACCCCCAACAUCCGCUCCUCUACGUAGCUCCUCCAUGCCGCCCCCAAUGGGCCUCCCAGGCUCAAGAUCGAGCACCCCCGGUCUUCCAUCUGACAACGAAGGUGGGCCUAAACCGCCCACACUCGCGCGACCGAGCUUCGGCGCGGCGUCAGGACCCCCAUCUAGGCCCGGCACGGGUAUGAGUAACGCAAGUAGUAUUGACGACCUAUUGGGCGCGCCGCAGGCACGGAAGGGUGCGGGCGCGAAGAAGAAGAAGGGCGGGAGGUAUGUGGAUGUCUUUCCCCAGGGACAGGCGUCAUAG